AUGCUGAGACUAUUUCUCGUCGCCUUACUCGCAGCGCAAUCCGCUGUGGCCAUCACCAACUUCAUCGGGUGUGCAACUGAACUUCUCGCCGGUUGUAUUGCGCAGGUAGGAAUCACCGACCAGCCUACUUGUGUUGACAAAUGCGCUGCAUCUGGUUACAGAUAUAUCUACUAUCAGGACAGCCUCGACAGCCCUUGCUAUUGUUCUGCUAAUUAUCCGACCGUGAAUGACUUUACCCCGUCCUCCUCUCCCUCCUGCGACACCUCCCAUUACACUGUCGAACGAAUUGUCGGUACUUUCACUUACCAAUUCUGUGCCCAUAACGUUGGCGGCACUUCAUCUUUCUCCGGGACCGUUUCAACCAUUGAAGAUUGUUUUUCAUCCUGUGGUCCAUACACCUGGGCUUCGUGGAUUAACAAUGGAGGCACGUUCUGUGGCUGUUGGGCAGACAGUGCGCCCUCUUUCACCAACGAUCAGACCUGUACCUAUCCAGUGUACAAGCACACGGCUGGAUCCACAGAUGCUUCCGGCAUCUACCGGAAACGAGAUGCAGCCCCCAAGCGGAUGUUAGCCGGCAGCAAUGGCGUUUCCUGCCCUGGUAAUCUGCUCCCUUGUUUAGUCGCACCCACAUCGGACCCUUCAUGGGAAGACAGCUACGAGUGCUUGGACACCGUAUCUGACCUGGAAGCUUGCGGGGGGUGUCCGUACGGCCUUCACCCUGCCGCAUCUCCCUUUAUAGGAUCGGCCGUAGACUUCGGUCAAGACUGUUCAGCUAUUCCUGGCGUUGCGCUCGGAGGGGUGACUUGUGCUGCCAGCAGUUGCGUCGUGACAGCUUGCAGGGCUCCGUACGAGCUAGACAACGGGAUUUGUGUCUAGGAUGGGCGAGAGGCAUAUAUAUCGAUCUCACCACUGUCUCUCACUAGAUAUAUGUCCGACUGGUAGAGAUUGGAUUCUUGGGCCUCAUGUAUUCGAUCGAGG